GUUUUCUAUACAUUUUACCGUCUUGUAAUAGAUUGAUAGAUUAACGAAAUGGGUCGUGUUAAACUUCAAAUAAAAAGAAUUGAAAACAACACAAGUAGACAAGUUACCUUUUCCAAACGUAGAAAUGGACUCAUCAAGAAGGCCUAUGAGCUAUCUGUUCUUUGUGACAUUGAUAUCGCUCUCAUCAUGUUCUCUCCAUCUGGCCGUCUCAGUCACUUCUCUGGCAAGAGAAGAAUUGAAGAUGUGCUUAGCCGGUACAUAAAUCUUGCGGAUCAUGAUAGAGGAGGCAUUCUUCAAAAUAGAGAGUACUUGAUCACCACCCUAAAGAAACUAAAAAAUGAAGAUGACAUGGCCCUUGAAUUUGCCAGUCCAACAGAGCUUAACUCAACUGCAGAGGAACUUCAACAAGAAAUCAAUAAUUUACAACAUCAGCUGCAAAUGGCUGAGGAACAACUGAGUAUAUUUGAGCCGGACAUACUGGGGUGUACAUCAAUGGAGGAACUAGAGUCAUGUGAAAAGAACCUCUUGGAGUCAAUGAAUCAUGUCAUUCAAAGAAAGAAAUACUUAAUGGGUGAUCAUUUGUCGAGUUUUGACCAUCAAAGUAUGCAGAUGAAUUCAUUGGGGCAAAUGUUCUUUGAAGCACAAGUGGGGAUGCCAACAACCUCAUUCCAAAAUGAUUUAGUUAGUUGGAUGCCACAGAAUGGAGAUAAUCAAAACCAUAUUUUUGGUAGUUCUCAUGAUCAUCCUUGUAUCCCUCUAAGGAAUGAUUCACCAACAACAAUUUACAAUUCAUUAUCCCAUGCAACAGAUGAAAAUGGAGAGCCAAACAGCAUAAGUGGGUGUCCCAUUCACAGCCCAAAUGAUGAUCACAGCCUUUCACAAUGGCACCAUGCCUGCACUUCAAGCCUCUUCUCAUCCCUCAUGCCAUCAACCGCCUUCCCUCAAAAUGAUAUGGAGGUUAGUCCUCCAGACAUAGCAGCUGCCGAGCAACAUCAUCACCAAGUCGAGGCCACAUCAACUUGCCUGGAGGUGCCAUCUAAUGAAGAAGAUGGAAAUUUUGAGAACAAAUUGCCCGAGCUUAACAUGGAAUCAAGUUAAUAUAGUCCUACUAAAUUUUCUCCGGUCAUGAAUCAAACUGUGCAAGGAGGCAUUGUAAUUAGGGCCAGAGAGAAGAAUAGUAAUGAACCUUAUACGGUAUUGGGCUUGGUUGAUCUUGGAAGUUUUGAAGACAGUUGUGUACCUAUUAGACAUGAGCUUAAGGAAUUAUAUAAAUGUAGACGACGACAAAACAAAAAAUUUAAUGUUCUAAUUUAUUGCUGUUUACAUUGUUCUCUCUCUUACCUUAGGGCAGCGCCACAUUCAAUUGAAGUGUUUAUUUGAACACCACCCUAAAUUGUUCUCCUCCUUAUUUUCAUGUAAUAUUUU